AGCGGUGCUCAUGGUUACCAACGUAAACAACAGUCUCCCUCCUUUUCUUCCUCCUCCUCCUCCUUCUUCAUCUCGGUAGUGCUGCAGCGUCAAAGCGGGUGAAAAUGUCCAGCCCGUCUCGCCGUGAGGACCGGUACUAUGAGAAGAUAACCUCCAUCCAGCAGAGCAUGCACCAAAGGGAGAAACGGAGACUGGAACUGGAGAGGGAACUGUUUGUUUACUCCAGAUCAGAUAAAAGAAUCCUGCAGAUAAAGUGUUCCAAACUGCGCAGCUAUCUCAAGGAAAUCUCAAACAGGGAAGCUCGAGCGAAAAUGAGAAACCUUGAGCUUCUGAGCGAUGUGGAGUGCAUAGAAAUUAGCAUGAAGGAAUAUAGUCCUGACCAUGGCCCCCUGGAACAACAAAAGGCUGACUUUUUCAAAAAGAUUUCGAAAUGUAUGGAAGAAAAGAAGAAAAUGGAGAAAGGGCUUGAAGCUGCAAAGAUCAAAGCUGUGCAAAGACAGCAUGUGGACGACUCCCUCUCUCAUCAAGCUAAGAAUUCUACAACAGUCAUUUUUACGGACCAACAGACCUCCAGAGCGUCUGAUGCCGGCACCACGAGCGUACACUCACCCCAAGCAAUGCGUCGCUCACCCGAUCGCAGUGUGCACUCCCGCGAACGUCUACCAAGUGGCCUUUUGAAGGACAUCAGAGUUGGCGAAGAGGAAGCCACCAGCAACCGAACACGUUUAUCAGAUAAAAUUUCAGGCUCAAACGAUUCCCCCGAUCGCUGUAAUUUGAGUGACAAACAUGAAAGAAAGAUGGCGGUGCUCCCGUCUGUGUGUACCUUAACAGGAGCAUCUGGCAAUGUGCCUUUUGGAAGUGAUGAUGAACAAGAACCUUUACGUCGGGUGAAUUUGACUGGGCCUCAGAGGAAUCAAUCUCCCGGCAGCAGAGUCCCAACGACGGCUAAAGAUUCCCCUGCAGAAGGCACUAAAUCCCUAAAGAUGGCUCAUCAGCCACCCAUAAUGGAGGCUGGAGGGAAAAGUCUCAGCCUUUUGAUGCCUGAACACACUUCUGGAAAAGGAGCUCAAGAUUCACCAGAUUCGAAAAUAAGCCAGGUGAUACGUGUCAGCACGCCGGGUUCUGACGUGGAGUUGUCCGAGAGCAGUGCCAGUGACCUGUCCGUUUCUCUGACCCAAUCGGAGCUAUCGGAGGAUGUGGAAUCCGAGAGGAAUGCCACUUCUGGAGGAAGUGAUGCUCUCAAUCAACACAGCCUAGAAUCACCUAUCCACUCUGAUGGGUCCAAGAAGACAGCUGUGACCUUGGAAAGUCUCUCCCAGGAAGGAAUCUUUAAUCUGCUAGACAGCAUCGAAGGACGACUCCACGGUGAAUGGACCCGCUUGUAUGGGGAUUCUUCAAUUGAUGGAAGACAACUCAAUAGACUUAUCGGCCUUUGCAACGUCGGAGCGGGCUUGAAUGACGAGGACCUUGGAGCAUGUGGAGCCGUUGUCCUUCACGAACUUCAGAGGUUGUCAUGGAGCACGGCAAAGGGCUGCCUGCUCUCACAGGAGCUAGUGAGUUCCCACCAGUCAAGCUCUGAUCCUAAUGAAAUAAGCGCCAGCCUCCCUCCUGAUGCCGCUCGGCUGUGGGAUCGCUGGUUCAAGCACGCCCUUCUGCUCAAGGAGCGCCGUGUCCUCAACACUGAACGCUUGGUCCAGCUGUUCACGCCACUGCUGCUGGAGCGCCAUGCCUCCUACAGCCACCAGGCCAAAGUGCUGCUGAGGACACUUCUGUCCCGGUCCAGUGAGGAGUGCCCCUCAGCUGAGGACGAGAGCGACUUGUCUUCCUCGUGUGAUUCUCCUUCCCUCCUGGUUGACAGUCAUGUGAAACCCACCAGGUCAGCACAACAGCAACAGAUUCAAGAACUACAAAGUGCUGAAGAGGACAGCCAGGACGAAAGCCCUGUGGAAAGUGUUCCUAUUAGAGAGACCAAAGCAUAUCAGUUACUUAAACAAUCAGCCAUGCAGGAAAGGCAGCAGAGCUCUGAAGAGGAGGAGGAGGAGGAGGAGGAGGAGGUGGAUGGCCUCUCAGGAAUAAAUCACGUCCAUGAAGAGGACCUGGGGAGGGCCAAACGCUCCUCACAUCAAGACCCUUACCCCGGGACAGAAAAGACUAACUCAAAGGCUCGUACUGCUUUACAGUCAAAAGCUCUCUGGGGGGAAUCCGACGACAGCUACUCAGAGAUUGAAGCAGCCUUACGCCCUCAACCUUUCAACACAAACAACGAUGACAUUGAUGACUUCUAUGAUUGAUGUUGCCCCGGAGAUAUUUUUUUAAAUGCACUACAAAAUCCCAGGCAGUUUGGCUCCCAGUAAUUCACCCCCUGACCACCAUUUUAGCGGUCGGCAUUGUAAAUCAUAUGCGUACUGUAUCGUAAAAACAAAUAAUAAAGUUGACAGCUCUCACGCUGGGUAAAGUACGUGAAGAGUUGUCCAACACUCUGAUGUUAACCCUGCUUCAGUCUCUUUAUCUGAACAACUCUCCCGGCUCAUAAUAACAGCUCGAAAUAGAUUAAACUGAUCUUUUAAAGCGAUUUGUUUGCACUGGGCUGGAAAUCAUGCAUUUUGAAUGCCGCAAGCAUCUCCGAGUGCUCUACCUCCGGCAUGCUCGAGUGUAGUGAUGUGAGUCACCUGUGAAAUGACAAAGCACAAUGGCCACUCUGCACGCUGCCGUGCGACCUGUGAACCCGCUGAAGAGGCCCAUCUCCCGGGGCACAAAGUGUUGCACCGCCAACAAACUCAGAAUAUUUUGUCCCUCCAGCGAACGCUAUGCGUGUAUCUCCACCGCGGCAUCUUUAACACUUGUGCUCACGGUAAAGAAACACAAAGAUCCAACGCCUCUGUAUUGUGCAAACGAUCACGGGUGGCAGGAUUGUUGCUGAAGCCACACAGCGGAGUCUUCUGCAGUUUAUCAUGUUUUUGCAGCACAUUGAACAUCCUGUGUCUAUUAAUAACUCUGAGCUGCUGUGUGGGAGGCUACCUUCCCAAGUUUACAUUUAUACUUCAUUAUGUCUGUAGUGUAAAUUUCACAAAUUGCCAUUCUGGGAUGUGGUAAAAGCCCCUGUCAUUCGGUGUCAGCGGGAUUCCAUUAGUCAGCUUUAGGUGACUUUACAUCCCUGAACCUUUCAAAGUAGGACUCCACAGUCAUUACCAAUAAUGGCUUCAGACAGCCCUGACCCACCACAGAAAAGGGACUGUGGCAGAAUAAUUUGGAGUUUGCUAAAAGGCUCCCUAACAUAAUAUCCAUGUUAAGGAGCAUGUCAACAGAUACUUGUGUGCGACAGAUAGCUCACGGUGGAAGCGGAGUGAUAUUGUACUAAUGUGUACUAACACAAUAACAUUUUUGAAAGGAACUUUUUCCUGAUUCAAUGCUGGAGUGACAAUGCUGAUGAUGAGGAUAUUCAGCUCAUUCUCUUUUUAAAGCGCGUGUAGUCAGACUGAUAGGCUUGAUUCUGCAGUUAACAGGUGUCGGCCACAUAGGGACUGACUCGCAUUGCAGUGUUACUUGAUCCGUCAUGUUCAGGGUGACAUGAGCUCCACUCUUCCAGUGGUGGUUUACGUUUUGUGUUGAUCGAACAGAUGUCACCAGAUAAAGAGCGAUGGGAAAUGAAUCACGUUCUUGGUGGUGGUUCCACAAGACGAUGCUUUCUUAUUCUGUAAAUAGCAAAUGCUGAUACAGAUCAGAUUUUUGGGGGCAAUGAUCCCAAUUCUGUUCAGGGUUUAAAUAAUUUUUCGAUACUGAUAUACCGGACAAUAUAUAAAUAUAAAAAAUUGGCAAUGAUUCCUAAGCUGUGUUAUCAAACCCUUUAUGAAAAUGAAAUAUAAUUGAGUUAAACACAGUUAAAGCAUGAACCUUAUCAAUAACUAUAAAGUGGCAGCGUAUAGCUCAGCUGGUAGAGGCCAACCAGGCAGUGGCUCAAAACCCACAGCUACCCGGGUUCAGUUCUGACCUGUGGCCAUUUCUCCAAUGUCCUCCCCCACUCUCUCUCUCUGUCCCCCUUUCACAGCUUGCUCUCCUUAACAAUAAAAGGCAGUGAAAGCCCCAAAAAUAUACUUAAAAAAAUAAAGAAUAAUAUUUACUAUAAAGAAAAAGUACAAAUACAACCAAAUAUAUCGAAUUUUUAUUCCCAAAAUAAAUAAUCGAUAUUUCUGUUAAAGAGUCACGUGCCGAUAUUAUCAGCCAACUAAUACAUGGGUCAGGCUCUUCCCAGAAUGAUUUGGUCAUUCAUUUGAUGUUGAUGUUCAAAUAAACAACAUGUUCAACAAA